UGCACAUGUGGAUGGAAAUGUUUUCCCUAUAAAUAGCUGGGGGUGACAAUUGAAAGCCGGUUGCGCCCUUUACCUGGGACACUAAUCGGAUCUCUCAACCUUUUCAGAAUCCAUCCAUUCAUUUCUUUUCGUGUCAAAAUCUCAUAACACCUUCGCCAUGGGAGACUUCAACAACGAUCCUCUCAUGCGCAACCAAAACGCCGCCGUUCAGGCCCGUACCAAGGCCCAGAACCGCGCCAACGUCCUUCAGCUCAAGCUGAUUGGACAGAGUCACCCAACUGGUCUCACCGCGAAUCUUUUGAAGCUCUUUGAGCCAAGGCCUCCUUUGGAGUAUAAACCUCCUCCGGAAAAAAGAAAAUGUCCACCACUUACAGGGAUGGCGCAAUUCGUGAGUAAAUUUGCUGAGCCUGGUGAUCCCGAAUACGCUCCACAUGUACCGGAAACUGAAACUCUUUCGCAAAGAAGAGCAAGAAUACACAAGCUAAGAUUAGAGAAGGGAGCAGCGAAGGCUGUCGAGGAGCUUGAAAAAUAUGAUCCACACAAUGACCCAAAUAUAUCAGGAGAUCCAUACAAGACAUUGUUUGUAGCCAGACUUAGUUAUGAGUCCACUGAGAGCAGAAUCAAAAGGGAGUUUGAGUCAUAUGGUGCAAUCAAAAGGGUUCGAUUGAUUACUGACACUGUGACAAAUAAGCCCAAGGGUUAUGCAUUCAUUGAAUAUCUGCACACAAGAGACAUGAAAGCUGCUUAUAAACAAGCUGAUGGUAGGAAAAUUGAGGGUAGAAGGGUGCUUGUGGAUGUUGAACGUGGGAGGACCGUUCCAAAUUGGCGUCCACGUCGACUUGGGGGUGGUCUUGGUACUACAAGAGUAGGGGGUGAAGAAGUUAAUCAAAAACAUUCUGGGAGGGAGCAACAGCAAUCAGGACCUUCUCAUUCUGAAGAACCUAGAGUGCGGGAGGAUCGUCAUGCUAAUCGGGACAGAGAAAAGUCACGGGAAAGAGGUAAGGACAGAGAUAGAGAACGUGAGCGGUCACUUGAACGCCCUAGUGAUAGGGCUAGGGAUCGUGAUCAUAGAGAGGAUAGGCACUAUAGAGACCGGGACAGGAAUAGGGACAAAGAUAGGGAAAGGGAAAAAGAGAGAGAUCGGGGUCGUGAUCGAGACAGAACAAGUGAUCGUGAUCGCGGUCGAGAUCGUGACCGAGACCGCGAACACGGUCGUUAUCAUGAAAGAGAUAGGGAUUAUGAAAUUGGGGGAACUGACCGGGGACACUUGCGUGAUAGAGAGAAUGAUUAUGAUCAUGUUGAAUCUAAACAUGAGAAGGAACAUCAUGGUGAAAGAGAGCGUGAGUAUGAACUUGAGGAUGAUCAUGGUUGGUACAACCAACCUGGAUAUGGACAUAAGCGUGCAGAUCCUGACGAUGAUCCUGAUCGCUAUGAGCAUCAUCGUGGAAGGGGGCAGUAUGAUGAGGGAGAUGACCAUGGUGAUCAUUACAAUCAAUAUCCUGAUCGUGAGAGGAUGGAAGAUGACUACCACACUGAACGGGCAACAUCUGAAUCACAGGACAGGGAAAGAAGUCGUGAUAUAGAGCAUCAAUAUCAUCGCUCAGAGAGGUCUCAUUCCCGGGGGUAUGAUUACUAGGAAAAAGGACAUAUCACUUCUCAACUUUACUGAUAAGAUUCAUGCUUUACAUUUCAGUAUACUAUUUGGUUACUAUUAUUCUUGUCAGUUGGUAUAAAGCCUGGCUUGAUUCUUAAUAGCUAUUAAUGGGUUAAGGCAUGGAGAUCAAAGCACAACAAAAGAACUCAGCUGCUGCACCUGCUAUCCAUAUGUAAUUGUCGAUUUCCAUAUUUGAUGUUGGAAGAUUUACUGCCGCAGCUUUGGUUUUCUCAGUUUCUCAAUUUGGACGUGGACUGCCAAUAUUGGUGAUUGUUGUUCCUUUUAUUUUCUCAACACAUGUAACAUUUUUUUUUCCAGUUUCUGUGAGAACAGUAGUCUGGAUUUUAAGUUUUGGUUGGUCUGUUGAUAUGUGCACGAAACUCUUGCUUCUUAGAUGUUGAAUGGUGAGGGAUUGUUUUCCAGUUAUUGAUUGUUACUAUUACGGUCUGUUUAAUCUUUGGGCAAGUUCACGAUCAAAGCACAAUUCAAGAAAGUGAGAAAGCAAAAUAAUUGGUUUCAGGUUGAUGACGUUGUGUGAACAGUUUUUUUUAAUAGGCUAAGCAUUUUGUUUUGCGGGGAGCGGCGGGGGCAGUUUGCUUAUGAUUUGCGGUGAUAGGAGGGGCUCAAUAAUUGUGGAAGUAAGUGCUAAAGGAACUUGACUUUGGUUAUUUCAUGUUGCAACUUGUUUUCAGGAUUUAUAGAAAGCUGUAGAAAGAAAAGGCCAUUAUAGAAUAAUGAUCCUCCCCACCCACCCAAUCAGAGGAAAGAGAACGCGAUGGGUGGUACUGUAUAGUGCAAGCCUAUUUUUUUGUCUGUGUUGUGUUGGUGCUGUGCAAUGAGUUUAUUAGUAAACGAUAAACGAAAAGCCGAAAGCCAAUGAAAUUACCAUGAAGCUUCAUAGUUUUGCUGUGAUAGUGGUUUAGCAAGGACGCACUGUUAUCUCUACGAACGAAUGCUUGAACGUUAAGUUGCGCGCUACGUUGCUUCAAAUUGUUGAAUACUUCUUUUAUGAAGCUUCGUAGAGCGCUUUGGCUUGUUCCUCGCUCUAGACCCUGUGAAAGUACUUGGUAUUGUCCUUACUCCCGAUUGUUGAUUAUCUUGCCAUCUCGUGGCUAUUCACAAUUUUUCAAAUGACCAUUAAUAUCAUUUUCAUUUUAUUCA